AUGUCCACAUCUGUAGAGAUGGAGCCGGUCCCGGAGAGGAAGUAUGAAGGAGUCGGCCGUUGCAAGUGCUCGUUCUGGUUCGCGGUGUCCCACAUCAUACUCGGCGUCCUCAUCGUCAUGGUGGGGGUGUUCGGGGGGCUGGCCGUCCACGAUUUCUUCAUAUACGCCGGGGCCAUCGUCCUCUUCCUCAGCCUGAUCUGGUGGGUGUUCUGGUACUCGGGCAACAUCGACGUGCCGCCGGAAGAGCUGGAGGACGACGUGGGCAAGAUCAAGCAGAAGAAUAGGAGCCUCAACCAGGCAGUGAGGCGCGCGUCCGGCCACCUCUCCAACAGGAUCAGGGCCUCUUUCAGAAAGAAGGCCAGAGCUGUCGACUGUGGAAGCCCCGGCGGCUCCCCGGCAGGCCUCGCGGUUCGCGGAGUGUCCAUCGGUGCUCUCGCGCCGGUUGGGUGGCCCCAGCUCGGCCACGGAGGCGAGCGGCGGCCCGGGGCAUCGCUAGCCUUCUGCUCUUAG